GGCAUUUCCUCCACCUUGCGUCACUUCUAGACUGGUUCGGCAGGCGGCCAGCAUCACCUAUCUCAUACCAUCUGGCGAAAGGUGCCAAUGUCUUAUGCAGUCUCGUUCAGGAGCCCCCGGGCCAUUGCGAGGCGAAGGCUAGAGAAUCGUGUCUUAUCUCUCAAGGCACACGUUGCGGAAGCCCUACCAUAACUCCCCGUGCCCAACACGACGUUGACGGCUUGACUCGCUCUCCAUGUGGCUAACAGCCAUUCGCAGCCUCAGCGCGAACAAAAUGCUCAAGACUUGACGACGAUUCUCCCAGACCAACUGCUUUCCCGGCAUUCACAAGUUUUCACCAAACACCAGGACAUGUUUCAGACACCAUGACAUCCACGGCCGGCUAUACAAGGCCGUUUUACGGGCCCAUCAGCCCUGCUAUCCUGGCCGGUUUUGUAGGGGAGGAGAAGGACGACUCCAAUGGUCAACAGCAUGGCGCUCCUGGACAAACCUCAAGUUCUCGGCGUUACUUGCCAUUCAACCCGUCCCUGCUGGAGGGUUUCGAUGAUAGCUCCGGCACUGCCGAGGGAGGGACGGGCCUCGCAGCCAAGGAGGAAGCUGUCCCAUCCGAGACGCACCUGGCAAAGUCGCCAUCGCUGUCGCCGCUCAUAAGACCCGCAGCAGAUGAAGGGGAUGUUAGGGGAAGGGAUGGGGUGAGGCAACAUCUAAAGAGAAACGCCAGGAGAAGUACGGUUACAAGCCCCCCUGGGUCGAGUCGUUUGAGCAAUCCGUACGCAACCAUAAUCGAGAACAGGCAGAACGCUAUGACCAUAGCAUUUCUCCAAACCCAAGGGAGCGCCUUGCCCGCGGAUCUUCCCGCUACCCUCACCUCGGACGACAUUGCUUUCGGACAACGUUAUCAGGUAACUGAGGAGUCCGCCUCGGUGGUCGUCACCAACCAGCGCAAACUUCCAGACGUCCUGAGCGGGACGCGAGCCUGCAUCAUCUGCACCGACACCAAGCCCGUCUCCGAGUUUCCGGCAACAGCCAUUACCAAGACGUGCAAUCACGCCCCCACAGCAUGCCUCGGCUGCGUAGCGACAUCAAUUAGGACAGACCUUAACAGCAGGCUCUGGAACGAGAUCCGAUGCCCCGAGUGCCGGGAGACGCUAGAGUAUGACGAUGUCCAAAGAUUUGCCGACGAUGAGACUAAAGAACGCUACCAAACCCUCUCCUUCCGCUCGGCCAUCUCACAAGCCGAGAACUUCCUCUGGUGCACAUCGGGGUGCGGGUACGGCCAAGUACACCUGGGCGGGGUGGCACAACCGAUCGUCAUCUGCAGGCUGUGCGGGCACCGGUCGUGCUUCCAGCACAAGGUGGCGUGGCACGAGAACCUGAGCUGCGACGAGUACGACGCGCUGCAGGCGGACCCCGUUAACUUCCGAAGCCGGUUCGAUCUCGACAACGAGGAGGCCGAGAAGGCGGCGGCGGCGCGCCGAGCCCAGGAGGACGCCGACCGCGUGUACGCGCAGAGCCUACUCGCCGAGGAGCAGAGAGCUGCUGCGGAGGAGAGGGAGAGGAGAAAACGCAAGAGAAGGGAGGAGAGGGAAGAGAGGGAACGCAAGGAAAGAGAGGAAAGGGAGCGCAAGGCCCGCGAGGCCAGGGAGCUCGCCGCGCGCAGGAAGAGGGAGGACGAGGCGAGUCAGAAUACCGUCAGCUCCACGACAAAACCCUGUCCCGGGUGUUCUGCGCCGAUCGAGAAAAACCAGGGGUGUGCCCACAUGACGUGUAUCAAGUGUCGGUGCCAAUGGUGCUGGGGCUGCAACGCCAUGUGGACCCGUAGCCACGAUAUUCGGUGCGCGGGUGGACGGCGGUAGAAUGCACGAUAUGCAACCACGGCUUUUGCUGGGACUGUCUGGCAGAUCAUAAGGAGAUUUUGAAGAAGGAUAAUACUGUGCAUAAGAAGGACUGCCCUUGGCAUCCGGACAAUAUCAAGGAUUGAGGAGU